AUGGCCUACGCGGUGCCUUUACUGGUUCUGCUUUCUCUGAUCUCUUCGGGAAUCGGAAAGGUUGAUCCACCUGUGAUCUCCAUAACUAACGGUAGCCCGUGGGGCAGCUGGGGCAGAAUUGAAUGGUGCCCAGAAGGCCAUGUGGCCAAAGGAUUUUCAAUCAAGGCAGAAGAAAGCCAGGGGGGAGGAGACGAUACAGCCGUGAAUGGGAUUCGACUUCUUUGCAGCCCUCGUAGCAGUAGUCAUCCUGAGAGCACAAUAACAUCUGGAGAAGGAAAGUGGGGCAGCUGGACUUCACCUCUCAGGUGUCGGACCGGUUACCUCGUCGUUUUCUCCUUAAAAGUCGAGCGGCCACAGGGCCCCGGGGAUGACACGGCGGUCAACAACAUCAAGUUUAGAUGCUCGGACAACGGUGUCAUUGAACAAACUGGACUCCCGUGGGGAUCAUACGGACCAUGGAGCAGGACCUGCCAAAAAGGAAUAUGUGGUAUGGUCACCAAGGUAGAAGCACCACAAGGUGGCGGAGAUGACACGGCCCUCAACGACGUUCAGUUCAUUUGUUGCUUCAACUAAUAAGAGAAACCAUAAUUUACCUUGAAAGCAUAUUUCGAUCUGGCCCAUAAAGUAAUAUGUAUCUAUACUGUAUAAAUAUA